UUGCCUAAGAAGCAGAACAAGAUCAAUUUUGUAGUGAAGUUGGCAAAAAUGGGGUCUCCAAUGGCCUCUCUCCUUGCCGCUCUUUUAGUGGCAACAAUCUCUCUCAGCUUGCCAUCAGAAAGCACAGCAACCUACAAGUACUCCUCUCCUCCACCUCCUAAGAAAUCCCCUCCACCACCACCUCCUCCUUAUCACUACAAAUCCCCACCACCUCCUCCACCAGUGCAUAAACCUCCACCAACGCACCCUUACAAGUACAAGUCCCCACCACCUCCUCCACCAGUGCAUUCUCCUCCUCCACCACCACCAACGCACCCUUACAAGUACAAGUCACCACCACCUCCUCCACCAGUGCAUAAACCUCCACCAACGCACCCUUACAAGUACAAGUCCCCACCACCUCCUCCACCAGUGCAUAAGCCUCCACCUCCACCACCAACGCACCCUUACAAGUACAAGUCCCCACCACCUCCUCCACCAGUUCAUUCUCCUCCACCACCACCACCAACGCACCCUUACAAGUACAAGUCCCCACCACCUCCUCCAGUGCACUCUCCACCACCACCAACGCACCCUUACAAGUACAAGUCUCCACCGCCUCCUCCAGUGCAUUCUCCACCCCCUCCUCCAUCGCCAGUUUACAAGUACAAGUCUCCCCCACCACCUCCGCCAGUUCACAAGUCACCACCCCUACCACCCAAGAAGCCCUACAAGUAUAAGUCUCCCCCACCACCUCCACCAGUUCACAAGUCACCACCCCUACCACCAAAGAAACCCUACAAGUAUAAGUCUCCUCCUCCUCCAUCGCCAGUUUACAAGUACAAGUCUCCCCCACCACCUCCGCCAGUUCACAAGUCACCACCCCUACCACCCAAGAAGCCCUACAAGUAUAAGUCUCCCCCACCACCUCCACCAGUUCACAAGUCACCACCCCUACCACCAAAGAAACCCUACAAGUAUAAGUCUCCCCCACCACCUCCAGUUUACAAGUCACCACCUCCUCCUCCUCCUCACAAGAAGCCAUACAAAUAUAAAUCUCCACCACCUCCUACUCCAGUUUACAAGUACAAGUCUCCUCCACCACCACCAGUACACAAGUCUCCUCCACCACCUCAUUACAUUUACAAAUCACCCCCUCCACCUCACCAUUACUAGAUCAUGGCGCUCAUAGUUUCAAGGUAAAGGGAAGAGUAUCAUGCAAUAAGGAAAAGGAUAUUGCGAGCAGAGCUAGCCUUGCAAGGAAGGAAAGGAUAGCUAAUGCGUUUAACGGAGCAAUCUGUGUUUUAUUUAGAAGAUGAAUAAAAAUACGUGUAGUAGAAUUUCCUCAUUUUCAUGUACUAUUACAGAGUUCCGGUGAUCGGUUUGCUUAUUUGGUUUGUCGAAAAGUAGCUUAUAUAUAUGUAUGUGAUUUUCAACCUUUUGUGUGCUGUUGCAUGCAUGGUUGUUCAUAUGAAGUAGUAAAAUUAAUAAAAUAAUCUUUAACCAAAACAGAAGGUUACGCUUCA